AUGCCACUGCACGCCCGGAGCAGCUCUAGCUAUCGCGGCGUCCGCGCCCGCCCCUCCGGCAUGUAUUAUGCGGAGAUCCACUCCUGUGAUACGCGUCUCAGUCUUGGGACGUUCGAGACCGCCAAUAAGGCCGGCCGCGCAUACGGCACGGCGGCGUGGCGCCUCUCGAGGCCACGUUCACGGAUGAACUUCUCGGAUGCGCGGACGUUCCAGCAUGCGCAUGACCUCGCGCCUCCGCCGCAGCUGAUCACCGACGAGGACCGCCGCAUCCAGCGUAGGUGGGAGCGCCGACUCCUCCUCGCCGAGGCGGACGAGCACGCCAUGGCAGAGUGGCGCCGGCGCUUCCGGGAGGAUGUCACCGCCGAAAAUGACUUCUGGGCGCAGAAGAGCCAGAUCCCGCUCACGCUCCUCAUCGUCCUCCUCGACCUGCUCCUCCCGCCGGCGCUCCUCUCCAACUUCCUCUCCGUCGGUGUCUGA